AUGAGAGAGCAACAAGGAAGGGUUCAUGACGAGCUCCUGGAGCCGGCAGAGGAUCAAACCAAGCAGCCUAAAGGCGACUUGCAACAUCCCAGGGGGCCCUCUGCCACGGCGUCCAACGACGGGGCCCUUCACGUAAAUGGCACUGAAAAGGAUGGCAGCAGCAGCAGUAGCAGCAGCAGCAGUAGCAGCAGCAGCAGUAGCAGCAGCAGCAGUAGUAGCAGCAGCAGCAGCAGCUGUAGUGGGAUUCAGCCGACAGGCGUUUCACGUGUAGCUCAGAUCGCAGCUCCGACAUCUGCGGCAGGAUCCUCAGCAGAGACGGCAACAACAGCAGCAAAGAGGGAGAACCACAGGAAGAAGGGCACCACGUGGAUGGACAUCUUUUCUUUGGGCCGGUGGCGCUCCAGCGGCAGCAGACAGCAAGGCGCUAUUCAACUUGCACAGGCUUUUGGCACUCCAAACCAGCCAGGCAGACCGGGUCCAGUCAUUGGUGUCUUCGUGUGCAAGGGCCCUCGCAACGAGCUUCAAGGUCUAGUCGUGGCUUCUCCCCUCUCUCUGGAGCGCUUUUCCUUCGAAGGGCAGCUGCUGCAGCGGGCUGCUCCUCCGCAGCCGCUCACCUGUUGCAGAGGAGGAAAGAUAGGGGGUGUUGGGAGGGUGCUGCUCUGCGGAUCUCAGUCCGGAACGGUCUUCAUCGUGAAUGCGGAGACCUUUGAACUCAUGCUCGAACUCGACACGAAAAGAGCCUCGGACCUCCCUGCCUCCUCUGCAGCUGUAACUCCUCCCCGCUCCACCGGCAGCAGCUACGCCGCUUACGAGGGCAGCCAUGAGGUGUGCUCCUCGGUGGAUCAGGGGGCCCCUGCGGGAGGGGGGCCCCAGGAGAAUCCUGGAGGUGCUUCUUCGAGUGGCGUUGACGGCGUUCCGUGGGAGGCCCCAAUAUGCUCCUUGACCAUAAAUGCGACAUUUGCCGAGUUCGCACACUUUGUUCUGGCUGGAGACGUGACGGGGAGAGUUUAUGUGUGGCAACAACACCUGCAAGCCGCUGGAGGGAUUCAGGCAGUGGGGUCGGUGGCAGAGAUCGAGGUGCCUCAAGAGGAUACUGAUGACGAGCGAGGACAGGAAAGCGCCAAGGUUUUGGGAGACUGCCAGAGGGACGCCUUGGGGCCCCCUGCAUACGAGGUUGAGCCGUCUUACAGGAACGCUCAGUGGCUAGGCGCCCGUCCCCGUGGGAAGGGGAAGGGCCCCCUGAGGGGGCCUCCCCAGGCCCCUCACUGCGAGGCCCCUCCGCAUCCACAGGGUGACACACAGGAGCAGCUGCCUUCCCAACAGGACGGUGGAGCUGAGGAGUCGCUGUUCUCGGGAGACGAAUCGGGGGAGGAAAGUCGAAGUGGAGCGCAGGGGCGGGAGAGCUCCGUAGACAGCGCAAACAACCCACUCGAGCAUCCACAACUAGCCAAGGAUGGAAGAAGAGGCCUGGAGCCUGAUGCAGAGGCUCGCGGUUCCGGAAACGGCAGCGGCGAUUCUAUGAAGGGGCCCCGAGGCCCCUCAGGGGCCCCCAGCGGAUGGGCCCCCCCCCCUGGAAGCCUUCCCGAAUCUCCAGAAGUGGCGGUUGGCUUGGAAUCGAUUCCUCUCUCGCCUGAAACUUCGGGGGCAGCAGGCAGCCCUCCUCCUGCCUCUUUGGUAGGUGACACAGACAGAGAAGUUGACGAGGGAGGCAAUUCGUUGCCGCAGGUCAAGGCUCCUGCGGCUGCAGCCACUCCUUCUUCUGCAGCAGCCUUAAAAAGCAGCUGCGGCAGCAGCAACUGCUGUAUCGCUCACAGGAGGGCCCCCUGUGGCCAGCGCGCAUGCCGGGGGGGGCCCUCUGCAUCUGGGAAGCCCUCUGCCUCUCGCUACGUGGGAGCCCCACUCAGCACGUACAGGCUCGUGCAUGCGGUGCAACUGCCAGAUACAGACGUGACCAAGCUGGAAUACGCCAAAUACCGAGAUCUUAUCAUUGUGGUUAGCGCCAAUAAGGCCCUCUACAUGUGGUGCCCCAGGACGCUUCAAUGCAUCUUCGAGAUGGAUGCGGCUGCAGUAACCUGUUCUUCCCCCUUGUCUUUCAUUUAUGUGUUGGAGGCCCCAGAAGCCUGGGAGCUUCGCUCCACCAUCGUUCUCGCUGGCUGCAUGGAUGGCUCCAUUUGCGUUCGGCGACUGGAAAGAAACCUUUCAGACGGUGGUAUUUCGUGCAAGCUCGUGAGGAACUACAUCAGAGAAGUGGAGCCCCAAGUGCCGAUCAGCUGCAUUUUGGUCGACUCAUGGCUCAACGCCGCCUUUGUAGGAGACGCCAGUGGUGUCGUCUUUACGCUCCCAUACGUCUUCCAACUCCUCGAGGCCCCUGCGGUACCAGCAGUCGGCGCCUUGGAAGGCUGA